AUGCAGACAAUCAAGUGUGUUGUUGUAGGAGAUGGUGCGGUCGGCAAGACGUGUCUUCUGAUCUCGUACACGACGAACAAAUUCCCCAGUGAAUAUGUCCCGACUGUCUUCGAUAACUACGCUGUAACCGUCAUGAUCGGCGAGGACCCAUACACCCUGGGUCUGUUCGAUACUGCGGGUCAGGAGGAUUACGACCGCCUGCGCCCACUAUCAUACCCGCAGACGGACGUCUUCCUGGUCUGCUUCAGCGUGACGUCGCCGGCGUCAUUUGAGAACGUCAAGGAGAAGUGGUUCCCCGAGGUCCACCAUCACUGUCCCGGUGUGCCUUGCCUCAUCGUCGGCACGCAGGUCGAUCUGCGGGACGACCCUCAAGUGCUGGAGAAGCUACAGAGGCAGAAGCAGCGUCCUGUUGCACCUGAGCAGGGCGAGCGGCUCGCGAGAGAACUUGGUGCGGUGAAGUAUGUAGAGUGCUCUGCGCUGACGCAGAAGGGCCUGAAGAACGUUUUCGACGAGGCGAUCGUGGCGGCUCUCGAGCCACCGGUUGUGAAGAAGAAAAGGGGGUGCACCAUCCUCUAA